CUGCUGCUGCUGCUGCUGCUGCUGCUGCUGCUGCCGCCGCUGGCACCGCGGCAGCACCCGGUGGCGCGUCCGUGAGGGGAGGGGACGCGGCGGGCAGGAGGAAAAGGAGAAGGAGACGGCGACUGCGGGCUCUUGCCUUGCGCCGGCCGGUGCGAAGCGGGAACGGGGCACCUGUGCCCGGCGGCUCCGCGCGGGUGGCUGGCGCGGGGACUGGCGCGGAGGGGCCGCAGCCCCCCUCCCUGCGUGAGCGACGGGGGCGCAGCUGCCGCCGGUGGCUCUGCCCGUGCCCCAAGCGCUGGGAAGUUACUGCCCGCCUGCCAUUUUGGUGCAGCCCUCGCGUUUGGCCGAGGAUUUUCUUCAUAGUUAUUCAUAUCCAGGACAGAGUAUAUAAUGGGGAGAAAACUGGAUCUUUCUGGCUUGACUGAUGAAGAAGCAGAGCAUGUGCUCCAGGUGGUUCAGCGAGAUUUCAGUCUUCGUAAGAAAGAAGAAGAAAGGCUGAGUGAAAUGAAGCAGAAGUUGGAUGAAGAGGGUAACAAGUGCAGCAUCCUUUCCAAGCAGCAGAAGUUCAACGAGCACUGCUGUAUUCGCUGCUGUUCCCCUUUCACAUUUCUUAUCAACAGCAAGCGACAGUGCCAAGACUGCAAGUACAACAUCUGCAAGAGCUGCAGUUCUUACCAGAAGAAGGAGAAGUCUUGGAUUUGCAGCGUCUGCCAGCAAGCAAGGCUCCUAAGGACCCAGUCUCUGGAUUGGUACUAUAAUAAUGUCAAAAGCCGCUUUAAGUGUUUUGGAAGUGCCAAAGUCCUGAAGAACUUAUACAAGAAGCAUAGACUGGAGAGCGGAGUUUGUCCUGAUGUAGUAGAAGGAGGUUUUUUUGAAGGAAGCUUUGAAAAUGAAGGAAGCAUUUGUGGCAGUGACUCUACAUUCUACCAACAGACAGAAGGACACAGCAUGAUGGAUACCCUUGCUGUGGCCUUACGGGUUGCAGAGGAAGCAGUGGAAGAGGCUAUUUCUAAGGCAGAGACCUACAGUGACAGCCUGGACAAGCAGAACGAGGCUUGUUACUUGCAGGAACACAAGGAGGACCUCAUAGAAGAGCUGGCCACAACAAUUGUGCAGAAGAUUAUAAAGAAGCAGAAAAGCAAAACUGAGCAGGCAGAGGCUGACUUUGAAUGGCCACCAUCCAGGAGCAGCGGCCUGGCAUCUGUUGCUGUCUCAGAUCAGAGUAUGCUGACUUUUCCGGGGAGCCGCAGGGGGUCCUACACAUUGUGGAGGUCCCAGUCUGCAUUCUCCCUGGCUAGUGAAGAUGUGCCCAGUAAAGGACUAGACCCUGCAUCAUCUGUGACUGAAGCUCUUUGGAGGCAGCAAAAAGGACAAUUCAGGAAACAGAAGGAACGCAAGCUCUCUGCGUUACCCAGCUGGAAAAGUGUGGACAGGCUAAAUGAAACAAAUCCACCUUCUGUUUUUCAAAGCACUGAUGGAAACUGGGUAGCUUUGCAGAAUGUCACUUUGCCUCGUCCCCGAAUGCUCGCCAAACCAAAGAGUCAAGUAUUCGAAGCUUUGGAGAAUGAAUCCAGCAUUGUGUCUGCCUAUGACGAAAUGGGCUCAGACAGCGAGGAUGACUAUGACUGGAAUGUGGCCUUGAACAAGCUGUGUCGGAAACCUCGGCAAUUACCAGACAGUUUCUAUUAUACCAAUUCCCAGUAUGGUACUGAAUGGGUUUAUGGCAAUGAUCAGUACCAGGCAGUGACCUCCCCUUCCUCGGGGUUAUACACCAAUACUGAGACACUGUUCUCCGAUUCGGAAACAUCUUCGGUAAACAGUUCCCAGGAAGCUAAAGGACCUAGCAAACUUCUCUGGUUACAAAGCAGAACUCAAAGCGAUAUGCCCAGAAUGGAAAAAACACAUUUCCACGGAGAACUGGAUGUGAAUUUCAAUCCACAGGCAACCAGCUUGGAGUAUUCGGACAGCAGUGAGACUGAAGAAGUCCAUUAUGAUUUAGAAAAGAGAUCCAGAAAGUGGAGGAAGAACAAAGCGAUCUCUGAAGAGUUACAUGAAGAAAAAAAUCACACAAAAGCCAACAAGAUGAAUUUAAGUCAGGAUUUUGAUGAGUUAUCAGAAACAGAUAUAAGCAGUGAGGAUCAGCGUCAUAAUAUCAAGCCCGACCUUAUGGAGGAGGAGCUUAAAUCCAGGUUAUUUCAGCUUGCUGCUAAAAUGAGUGACAAGGAGACAUCUUCUGGUGAAGAACAAGAGUCAGAACCUAGAACAGAACCUGAGAACCAGAAGGAGAGUUUAUCCUCAGAGGAAAAUGGCAGAAGUAUUCAGGAAGAGCUAAAGAAGGAAAAACAAAAGGCUUUUGAUCUUCAUUUAAAGCUGCAGUUUUUGUCCACUGUAUUGCAGCAGAAGUACUCUGCUGUCUCUCUCUGCAACAUAUCUACAGAAGUCCUGAAAGUCAUCAAUGCCACUGAAGAACUGAUAGCAGAAUCCACCAGUCCCUGUGAUCUCCCAGCUGACAUUCAGGACAGAGGAAGAGGCACCUUCCCACUGGGGAUGGACCCCGUCAGACUUGAUGAGCAGCUCACCACGUUGGAAGAAAACGUGUACCUGACAGCCAGCACUGUUUAUGGGCUGGAGGGGCAGCUGACCAACCUGGAAGACGCCGCGCGCAAGAUCAACAGUGUCACUGCAGAAUCUGAGCUGGCCGAUCUGGAGGAUCAGGUAGCCACAGCAGCCGCCCAGGUUCAUCACGCAGAGCUUCAGAUUUCAGAUAUUGAGAGCAGAAUAUCAGCUCUCACUGUUGCAGGCUUGAACGUGGCUCCCUGUGUUCGCCUGACAAGGAAACGGGAUCAAAAGCAAACAAACCAGAUGCAUACAAUAGACACAUCAAGACAGCAGAGGAGAAAACUUCCAGCUCCACCAGUAAAAGGUGAAAAAAUAGAUGGUUCUCCAGUUACCACUGUCAGAAUGUUUAACAGAAACUUCAUGCUUCAAGGAUCUCUAACACAAAGAACUAAAGAGAGGAAAAGCACUGCCAAGGACUUAAUGGAACCUGCUAUAGGAUCUGCUGUGAUGUACUAAACUUACACUUCCCUACUGCCAAUAACACACUGCCUAAGGCUGUACACUAGAGUGCCUUUACUUAACAGCCAUUGUGUAUGUCCAGCUGAAAACGGACCCUCACGAACCCACAAUGCCUCAGUUAUAGGGCUUCGUUUGGAUACCUCACUGGGAAAGCUGUCCAAGUCUUCAGCAUUGUGGUCUGCUAAAGGAAACUCUGCCUUAAAGUUCUCACAAGACUCUAGAAAGGAUGCUGAGUUUCAAAAGCAAGGCUCCACAUUUUAAGAUGCACUUUUGUUCCCUAUUGAUUGUACUAAAGUAUGUCGUCUUUAAACUGCAGUAUGUUUUUGUACACUGUCAAUCAUAAUUAUAGGCCAAUAUUUUGUACAAAAAGAAAGAACAAAGCAGACCUGUGAUCCAUAUUUGCUGGCCUCUUACUGUUCACGUAGGCAUGCGCCUUGUCGAGCAAUAAGAACAAGUCUGUGCAGUGUAUGCUGCUUUUCAGCUGUGUGGUGGGAAUGGAGAAUCGGUGCACGUAGCUCUGCUCCCUGGGAGUCAGUGGAAGUUUUGACGGAGUUUGUAGGAGGAGAUGGUAUGUGCAAAGACUUCUCUGUUCGCUGAGGGUACAUUUGGCAGAGUUAAUGUUCUAGCUCCAGAGCUAGGUAUUUUGCUCUUGGCAGCAGGGGGAACGUGGAUGUCGUGUUGAACUGUGAAUUGGUGGCAGCACAUGUGGACCAGAUGUCUGUUGAGUUAUGAUCCUGGCAUCUGGAAACAUCUGAACACUGUUGUGAAACCAACACCUUUGUAUGUCUCGUUCUUCUUGGUAGCAUUGUCCUCUUGGUGGUGUCCAACCAUGCUGUGGUUCCGAAUAAAUUGUGACCAAAUCUUUGAGAUUGCAAAAAGAAAGUAAAAGCAUUGUGGAUGAGAUCUCUGCUGACUGGCUGGUGGUUGUAGGGUGGCUGCAGCCUGUAAGAGAUUCCCUUCUGCCAUUUCCUGGCUUUUCUGAGGAGGGGGCAAAUGUAGCCCGGACGUCUCUUCCUUUGCUAGUCUAUAGCCAACAUAGAGUAGCUGGGGCCUGUCACUGGUGCCAUGUGCACCGCACUACCAUUGCACCACUCUUAAUUGGAUUGUGAAUAGUAAAAUUUCUUCUGUUGUUUCUUGAGACUUUUGAAAGGUGAGACAAACUGGAAGGCCCUUGAGCAGAUGCGCCAGGAGGGAAGAUGCUGCUUACAGGGUGUCCCUCUCACCCUUUUUGGGGAGGACCUUGCCCAUUUGUGGUACUUUUAGCUCUGAAGAAUACCAGGGAGGUAGUUGGAGGGCAUGAUGAAGCAGUGAAUCCCUUAUCUUCCACACAAAGUGCAGAGCGGGUACCCAAAUGCAGACUGGGUCGAUGUGAGACGUGCUGUGAAGGAGGGCAUGGGCUGGCAAGUUGCCCCUCGGCGUUCAGAAGUGGUGAGCUCUCCAGAGAGCAGUGGGCAGCAGGGAAGGAGGAGAGCUGCUCCUUUCCCUGGGCUCCCAGCGAACGCCCACUAGCAGAGUGCCACACGUUACCUGCCAUGCGGCAGGAAAGCAGUCUCCCAGGACCCCAGGCCACAAAAUGUCUGUGGUUGGACAAAUAUGAGCAAAAUUGGGCAAAUUCCCUGGCUAGGCUGGAUGUAGGGUGGCAGGUGGGGAAGGUGAGGAAUGGCUGGAUGGGAUGGUUGGAAAAAUGGUGCCAGUUGCAGACCUGCCACCCACAUUUGACAUCUAGCUUGUCAGUACCCUGAUGUCCAGCUGCAUGUAAGGAACCCUCGGAAUAAAUACAACCAUCUUCCCACCUAGAAUACAUAAGCAUCACUCCAUCCCUUGAAGGAAUUUCCCUCUGCCCGAGAUCUGACCCAAUGUGUUCGUUCUGGGUGAAAGUAUGCCUUCUUUUACUUUCAUACAAUACUAGUUCUCUGAAAUUGGUUUGCACAGAUGUGAGGGCAGAAUUUGGCCCACUCUGUUUAAUAUAUAAAUAUAUGUAUAAAACGAAUAGAUUUUAUUUAUAUAUGCAAUCCAGUAAAGGAGAUUAAACAGAGUAGGAUGCCUAGUAAUUUUUUUUGUUAUCCAGUCUCCUCCUCCUUCCUUGACUGUUCUCGUGUAUGUAUACAACACAUUCCCAGGUUCUGGUUUAUGCAGGUAUGCGUGUUAUGAAAUGUCAUUAAUGGUGGUUGGUCUACAUAUUCGUCUAAUAAAUAAUAACUAAUAUUGUGUAUGUAAUAUCAAUACAGAAAUGACUAAUUUUAAUAGAAUAACUCUUUGGCUUUUGUUCUGUUAGUGUGAUUUAAACAAGCCAACAAAGUUUGGAAUAGGUUGUUUUCCUUAAGAGGCAUGAAAAGCAACUAUUAUCGUGUUACAAUGUUAAAAUAUUCAGUCUUCUUUGACAGAAAAAUGUGUACUGUGUAGGCAUUGCAAAAAAAAAAAAGAAAAGAAAAAAUUUUAAAAAAAUCCCACCUGCUAUAAGGCAUUUGAAUUUUUACAAAUGUUUAUUGUGCCAAAUAUGUGCAGAGAUAUAAUUUACUGUUUUAAAACAAUCAUAAAAGCAUAUGUUAUAGCACACAAAGAAUUAUUUUGUCAUCAGGUGAUUUCAAUCUUUAGUGUUAAUAUUUAUAUUUAGAUUAAUUUUUAUAAAUGAAAAUAUUUUAAUGGGUAAAAUGAAGACUAUAUUAUCUAUUUGAUUAAGUCUGAGUGAAUAUUAAGCUUGCCUUGUUGUUGUUAUCUGCAUACUCACCAAGAAUUAUUGUCAAGAGAAAUUAUAAAAGAGUAAAAGUGAUUUAUGAAAAGAAUGCCUUUUCAAGGACUUGAUUCAUAAAGAAAAACCAAAAGUU